AUGGCCACGGACGCAGAGAAGCUGGGCAAGACCGUGGUGGUGGACUAUGGCAGCGACACCAUCAAGGCCGGCCGCGCGCGCGACGUGCCCAGCGAGAACGCCCUCUCAUGCAUCACCCCCAGCUUAGUGGAGCUCCGCUCCCCGGCACACCCAGACGCGGCCACCGCGCCGGGCGGCGCGCCGUGGCCGCGCGGCGAGGCGGUGCGGCGGGGCCGCAUCGUGGACGUGCAGCGGUUCGAGUCGCUGCUGCACCACGUGCUGUUUGAGCGCAUGCGCUGGCGGUAUGGCAGGGAGGACUGCCUCGUCAUCGUGGAGCCCGUGCUGACGUCGCGCUCCGAGCGCGAGGCGGUCGUGCAGAUGGCCUUCGAGUCAUUCAACGUGAGGGGGCUGUUUGUGUGCGAUGCGGCGGCGUGCGCGCUGUACGCGUGCAACAAGCAGGUCGGGCUCACAGUGGACAUCGGCCACGGCAAGGCCGUCGUCGCGGCGGUCGCGGAGGGCGCCACGCACGUGGCAGGCGCCGCGCAGCUGCCGUGGGCCGGCGAGGAGCUGACCGCCUACACCGCGCAGCUGCUCGCGCGCGGCGGCGGCGCCCGCGGUGCUGCGACGGCAAACCUGCCGCCGGAGCAGCUGCGGGCGCUCAAGGAGCAGAUCGCCUGCGCCGCAGCGACCGCUGAGGACUUUGCGGCGAUCACGUCAGGCGACCCCGUGCGCGCCGCCGGCGGCGAGGCGGCGUCGGCGCACGGGGCGGCGGACAAGCAGCAGCAGGCCAACAUCGCUCAGCACGAGGAGGCGUGGCGGCGCGCGCGGCGCAGCUUCACGCUGCCCGACGGCCAGACCAUCACCCUGGCUGGCGACGAGGGCUACCGGCUGGGUGAGGCGCUCGUGCGGCCGACGUCCGCGGGCCUGGCGGCGCCGACCCUCGCGGACGCCUGCUGCGACGUGGUCGCCGCGCUCAUGGAGGCGCCCAGCCGGCGCGCGGUGUGGGAGAGCGUGCUGGUGACGGGCGGCACGGGGGCGAUCCCGGGGCUGCGGGAGCGGCUGAUGGCUGAGCUGCCGCUGGUGGGGCCGCCUAGCGCGGGCUUCGCGCUGAUGCCGCUGCCCAACUACAUGCCGCCAGAUGCUCGCAAGCACGCGGCGUGGAUGGGGGGCGCGGUGCUGUCGCGGGUGGCGAUGCACCAGAUGAUCACGCCGAACGAGUACUCUGAAUUCGGGCCCGCGGUCGUGGGGCGCAUCAUAUGA